AGAUCAUCAAUUGCCUAGCUCAAGUUUUGGGUCUCAGGACGUGCCGUGCCAUGGCAGCCAUGCACUGGCUUUGGCUUAUUUUCUUGAGUCUGCUUUUAAGCUCCUUUGUGAGCAAGGCAAGCGACGAGGUCGACCCGAACGAUGAGGAUGAGGAUGAGGAUGACUUCCCUGAGUCCGUCCAUGCAUUGACCGAAAGCACCUUCGAUAGCUUCCUCAAGGACAAAAGAGUCUUGGUGGAAUUCUAUGCGCCUUGGUGUGGACACUGUCAGAAGCUGGAGCCUGAGUACAACCAGGCGGCCGAUACGCUCCGCAUGGAAGGGGCGAAGACGGAACUGGCCAAGGUCGAUGCCACAGCUGAGACAGCCUUAGCAGAGAAGUAUCAGGUGAAGUCCUAUCCGACGCUGAAGUACUUCGUGAAUGGCGGCGAGCCUGUGGACUACGAGGGUGGCCGAGAUGCCUCGAGCAUCGCGGAGUGGCUGCGGAAGCGGGAGAAGCCUGCGGUUGAAGAGCUCAGUGACAGCCAGGUGGACGACUUCAUCGAGAAGAGCCUCAAGAGUGGCGCCUUUGCCGUGGUGGCUCACGUGAAGAAGAAGUCGGCACGUGCGAAGGCCCUCUACAAGGCCGCCGAGGCCCUGGUGGACUACAAGGCUUCGAAGCUGCGCUUGGCCGCUGUCUGGCUCCCGAAGACGGCCGACCCCAAGAAAGACGCGACGAUGGCCAUGUCCCGCCCGGAGAUGGAACCCCAAAAGCUGGACUUCACAGGAACUUGGACCGACGGUGCCAUUCGCAAGUGGGUCAAGCAGAGCACCUACGCACUGGUGGGGAGUGGCUUCAAGGUGGAGAAGUAUGGCACAGAGGCCUUGGAGGCAGUAGGCGCUAAGGGCUCUGUGGUGGGCAUCUACAGCGAGGAGGAUGCGACCAAGGUCAAGGAACUGCUGACGAAGACAGCGAGCAAAGAGUCCCAGUGGCGCUUCACGGCGCUGGCGCGCGGCGCGGUGGAAGAUCAGGACGUCUUGGGAGUGCGGGGGGACUCCAGCAUGAUCUCGGUGCUGCAUGGGGACAAGAAAUACGUGUUGCGGGAGAACCUCAGUGCCGAAGCCGUGGAAAAGCUGCUGGGCGAGAUCUUGGCCAAGAAGGCAAGACCCUACUACAAGAGCGCGACACGGACAGAGGAGUUGGAAGAUGGUGUGACCGUGUUAACUGGCGACACCUUUGAAGAGGUUGUGAUGAAUUCCAAGAAGGAUGUCUUUGUGGAAUUCUACGCCCCAUGGUGCGGACAUUGCAAAAAGCUCGCCCCGGUUUGGUCAGACUUAGCCAAGAAGGCAGAGAAGGAGGGCUUUGCGAAGAAGGGCGUGGUGAUUGCCAAGAUGGAUGUCACGGAAAAUGAAUGUGAGGAGCAGAUCAGUGGUUAUCCCACCUUGGUGCUCUACCCCGCUGUGAAGAAGGAGAAGAAGAUGCGACAGAAGUUGAUCUACUCGGGCGCGAGAGACUUUGAUCCACUCAUGGACUUCCUGGUGGAGAACUCUGUGAACUUGGAGGGUGUGGAGAUGGCGGGAUCCGUGGGGAAGCAAGCCUCACUGGUAGAGAGGGAGAGGGCCAGGGCCAAGAAGGCCAAAAAGGAGCUUUAGAACGCGCUCUUUGAUGCCGAGCUCCGCAAGUGGAGUGGAGAUCGGAAGACUGCGAGCUUGAGGAGUUCCUCCAAAGACUGCGAGCUUGAGCUCGGAAGAAACAGCCGAAGAAACAGCUGGAGGGAAGCCUUGGGGCUGGUAGAAAAUGCAUUGCCCUGAUUUGCCUAUUUGCAGAUGAAGGUGAGAUGCCAGUGGCUGCAGC